AUGGCUGAAUCAUUGGAAACAUCAUCAGGAAAUAUUAAAAAUAAUCCAAAUUUUAUAACAACAAUUCAACCAACUACAAAAUUAGGUGGUCGUGGUACACCACGUCGUAAAACACGUCGUCCAAAUACUAACACUCAUUCAGCAUUAAUUGCUGCACGUACAUUAGAAAAUAAAUUAAAACCAUUUCGUACACAAUUUCAAUUACAUGAUCAACAAGAAUUAUGUGAUGUUAGUAUUUUAUAUGAAGAUGGUCAUAUUGAUACACAAAAACAAGUACGAGUACAUUCAACAUGGCCAAUGACAAUACAUGAAAUAGAUUCAUCUGAAACUAAUAUACAAACAUAUCAUAUAAAUAAUCUCGAUUCAACAUCUUGUUCACAUUUACUUGGUAAUAUUGAUAAUUUACAAAAUGAAUUUAAUAGACAAUCAAUACCAUUGACAACAACAAUACCAACAUCAACACCAACACCAACACCAACAACAGCAAGUGUAUCAAACUAUUUUAAUAAUUUACAACAACAACAAUUUUAUUCUCAACCACCUCAUCAUUAUAUGAAUUAUAUUGCUUAUCAACAUAAUCCAUAUAUAUUUAAUUAUGAUAGUGUUUCAAAUGAAAUGCAUCAUAUUUAUGGUAAUAUUAAUAAUAAUAAUAAAUCCGACGAAGAAAAAGAUGAACAAAAUCCAAUGAUAACAAAAUCAAAAAGAAAAAGACGUCGUCAUAGACAUAGUAAAAUAAAAACUGAACAAUCAUCAUUAACUAUAUCUAAAGAAGACGAGAUGAUUAUUGAUAAAUCAACUGAACAUCUCGAGAAUGAAAAUCUUAUUACAAAACAAACAAAAAGUAAAAGACGAAGAAUACGUAAAUCAAAACAAUCUCUUCCAUUAUCUUCAACUACCGGUGCACAAUUACAAAAUUCUAUUAUCACUGAACAAUCUGAAAAGAAUUCAUCUGAUUUAAUUAAUGGAAAAAUAAAUGAAGAUAUUUCAUCAUCGUCAAUGCCUACGGAACAAACUGAGCAACAUUCUUCAUCUAUUGAGGUUAUGAAACAACAGCAACCGUUAGUGUCGAUAAAGAAUGUUAUACAUGGAAAUAGAAAUUCUUCUACUGAGCAUGCGAUGAAUGUUCUAAAUAACGGGGAAAAGAAAAAAAAAAGAAAAGAAAAAAAAGAACUGCAACCAACAAAUAUUUCACCAAGAACUACUAAUAUUAUCGUCGAUGACAUCACUCCAACAAUUCUUACACAUACUACUACUACUAAUGUUGUCGACAUAAACAAAACGGAUAAUAAAAAUAAGAAAAUCACAUUGCCUGUUGUCGACAAAACAUCCGUAACUAAUACAUCUAGAAGUCGUAGUCCACCAUUAAUAAUUAUCACUGAUAAUGACAAUAAAAAAUUAGAUAAAAAUAUAUCAAUUAAAAAAAAGAACAGAAAAAAAAAGAAUGUUAAUAAUCAACAGCAAAUAACAUCAUCAAAUAGUCAACAACAAUUAUUAUUGGAUCAUACCCAAGUAAAAGUAUUAGAAACAAGUAUUUAUUUAUGUUCUAUUCCAUAA